AUGACUGGAGUCGCUCCAAAAGAUAAAAGAGGAGAAAAUAAAAACCAUCCUAGGAAAUUUGAUGCUCACGUUCUUGCAGCAAUAUACGAACAUAUAAAGUCAUUUAAAGGCAGGAAAAGCCACUACAGUGUGAAGGAUAGUAGAAAAUUAUACUUACCUGAAGACUUAAUCAUAAAAAAGAUGUUCAAAAUGUUUUGCGAGUUGAACCCUUCUAUGAAAGUAUCUUACGAGUCGUACAGAACAGUCUUUAAUACAAAAUUCAACAUAGCCUUUGUAUAUCCCAGGACCGAUACAUGUAGUUCUUGCGAUGAGUUUCUUAUAAAAAUAAAAUCUCUUCAGUCUGAUGUUUUAAAGAGUAUGGAUAUUGCUCAAAAAGAACGCUUUCAAAAGGAAAUACGCCAUAUUACAAUACAAAAUGAUGUACACAAAAGAAAGGCUGAGGUAUUUUACAGUAGAAAAAGGGCUGCGAAGAAACGAAGUCGAACCUCUGUGACUCACGAAGCUAUUUGUCUCGAUUUUGGACAAAAUCUCAGUGUCCCAAACAUAACAACAAACGAUGUUUACUAUAAGAGCCAGCUGAACGUCUAUGCCUUUAAUAUCCACAUUUUAUCUACAGCAAAAAUUACUUUUCCUAUUCGUGGGCAUUCCUACAUGGAACCGGACAAAAAUAUGGGCUUAAUAAACUCCCACCAAAGAGCCGAGAUUCCUUCAGAUUGGGUAGAAAUUUUUAGAAGUGCUCGUGCAAAACCAUCACCAUUUGACGUUGUGGAAAUAGAUCAAUCCUACUUACGAGCAUGGACAAAUUUUUUUAAUACCAAAACGGAUUAUUUGAAGAAAUGUCCUUUCCGUUCCCGUCCUAUUCGAGAAUUAGAAAUACAUCAAGAACAUCAUAGACUAAUAUAUUACCGGGAGUCCUAUAAUGGAGCAUGGGAGUCAGCAAUAGUGAAGGGAAAAGAGACUAAGCGAAAGGGACCUGUGCUAUUGCAAAAUGAAUUUGUACUUCCUCCGUAUUCUUAUUCAGGUUUGAUACCCAUCACGGUAUUCUGGGGUGACGAAGCAAAACAAUUUUUCGAUAACCUGCCCAAGAACUGGAAGUAUAUUUUAUAUUAA